GCUUAAUAAAUACUUUCCCGCCUUGCAAAACGUCUUCACUCUUCCCGCAUUUCUCCGGAGGCUUCUCCUAUACUCUUAAGCUUAAACAAUCCCAUCCAAUCCAUGUCUAAGAAAAGAGGCCUUUCAUUGGAUGAGAAGCGUGAGAAGAUGCUUCAGAUCUUUUAUGAGUCUCAAGACUUUUUCCUUCUUAAAGAGCUUGAAAAAUUGGGUCCUAGGAAAGGUGUAAUUUCUCAGUCAGUGAAAGAUGUUGUUCAAAGUUUAGUGGAUGAUGAUUUGGUUUCCAAAGAGAAGAUUGGAACUUCGGUAUAUUUUUGGAGUCUACCAAGUUGUGCUGGUAAUCAGCUACGUAAUGUGUAUCGUAAACUUGAAUCUGAUCUCCAAAACAGUAAGAAUAGACUGGAAGAACUUACUGAGCAGUGUAAACAAUUAAAGAAAGGGAGAGAGGAAUCUGAAGAACGAGAGGAAGCCUUGGCUGAAUUAAAAGCCAUUGAACUGAAGCACAAAGAGCUAAAGGAUGAGGUGUUACAAUAUGCAGAUAAUGAUCCGGCAGCCUUUGAAGCAAUGAAAAAUGCAAUUGAUGAUGCUCAUGCUGCAGCCAACCGAUGGACAGACAACAUAUUCACUUUGCGACAAUGGUGUUCAAACAACUUUCCACAAGCCAAAGAACAACUAGAGAACCUGUACAAAGAGGUUGGGAUGACGGAGGAUUUUGAUUAUUUGGAGUUGUCACCAACCCCACUGAGUUCCGUCAUUGAUUAAAUGGAGAGGAGCUUCAAAGCCGAUUCAACCCCAUGGUUUACAUCUCAAUGAUAUUCUGAAGCAAACAUCCAUGAUGUGUACAGUUGUUGGCAUGUCCACUAGUUAUGUGGUAAAUAAGAAAGUUGUCAAUUCUUAUAUCAAUUUUUAGCUCCCUUCCCACGACACUAUGAAAGAACGUCUUAUGUGAAACCUUCAUACCUUCAUCUUCAUGCCUCAUGAAUUUCUAAUUUGUUUUCUUCUCUUAGUCGCUAUCGGCAUGGGAACGGUAAAUGUAUUGGAAUGAAUCCCUGCGUUUCGAGCUGCGCAGCAGUGUAUACAGAUUUCCUUUGAAAUCCAUGGUAAAAAAGUGGUUUAAGUGUAGAA